UUGUUACGCGCGGAAAUAAAGACCAGGAGGUCACAGGUUUCGGCCACCGCCUUUUUCGUUGUUUGUUGUUGAAAUGUUGCUAAACAAAAGUUAAUAAUGAUGAAUAAUAGUGUCAAUAUAAUGCAGAACAUUACAAAUUCAGUGCAGGAGUCUGCUCCACCACUUCAGACUGAAGCCAUGAGAGAACUCUUUUACCAGGCCAGCCUACAAAAGUAUAAUGAAUUGUGCAGGACUGAGGAAAUAACAGCUGAUGUGAAACAGCGAGGGGAGACUUAUUUUCAAAAACUUUUACAUCUAGAUAAAGCUAACAACUUAAAUAUGAUUGAUGAGAGAGGCUUAUUUGCAAGUGUUCUCUAUAUAGCUGUUAUAGAAUCUAGUUUGCCUUAUGGAGAUAUGGAUCCACUAUUUGUUGAUAGACCAUUGGAACCUUCCAUGACUGUUUCAGAAAUAUUACUCAAGACUGAUGUAAACAUCAGUCAGCUUUUUCUAACUAUGGAAUGGAUUAAGUCCAACAUAUCACUUACUGGAACUGUCAACGAUCACCUUAAGAAACUUGCAAAUAAAUACCUAGUGGUAUCUGCAUUAUUUAAUAUAUUUGAAGGAAGGCUAACUUCAUCAGUCUUCAAGGAAGAAAAUAUCAAUGAAGGGGCAGACACAGAGGCAUUUCUCCCUCCAAUACCUGAAACAGAAGGUGUAUCUUACAGGAAAAAACAGUGCUGGGUUUUAUAUCUACUUGCUAAAAAACAUCUGUUGUUUGAAGAUCAAGGACUUUAUUCCAAUUUUCAGCUGCUUCUAUGUUGUGUAGAAUUAGUUUUGCGACAGACGCCAAGUUUUCUGCUCAAUGAACCUUAUGAUUCCAUCAGGAUUGGAUGUUACAACAAUGAUCAAACAAUGUUGCAAAAGCUGGCGGAAGACUUUGAUGUGGAUGCUGGGCAGAUCAUAGUGCUACAACAAGAACACACAGAAAGCUAUUUUCAAAGUUUGUUGAAUGAGGAUGGGGAACUGGAUUCAGAAAGCUUAUGCCAUGAGUACCUGCUGUCCUAUCAGAAAGAAGGUGACAUCAAUGAAUUGGACUUCUUGCUUAAAGAAUCCUAUAUACAUGCUCUGGCCCAAGGUGGUAAUCAGCAGCAAGUCCAGCCUAAAUUAUCUAAUGAACAAACAACACCUGUCAGAUUGGCUGUUAACAAUAUUCAAGAGUUUCUGCAGCAUUUUGCACACUUGCCUGACAAACCAAAUGACAAAUUACAAGCGUAUUUUAAGAAAUGCUCUACAAACCCAAGCGCUGUAAUUGAUGGAAAGAUCAAUGUUUUGAGAUCAAAGUUUCUGCAAGAAUAUCAGUGUGGGGGAACCUCUGAGAUGAAGUUCAAUCUUGCUGUCAAACUCUAUUACAAAAUAUUGGAAACGAUUAUUCAGAAUGAAGCAAGCCAUCUUCCUCCUCAGUCAUUGAGUACAUUGCUGAAUAAAGACAAUUUUCAUGCCUCAUUACUCGCUUGUGCUGUUGAAGUUGUACUUGUCAUGUACACUCAGUCAUGGGCCCAGAUUGCUCAAAUUUCUCAAGAGGACAAGUAUUCUUUCCCUUGGAUUUUGGAAGUGUUCUCCCUUCAAGCCUAUGAGUUUUAUAAAGUGAUUGACAGUUUUCUCAAAGCUGAGUCUAAACUUUCCCAGGAUUUGGUGAAGCAUCUUCAGUGUCUGGAAGUUAAAGUUUUGGAAUCUCUGGCUUGGUGUGAGAAUUCUGAUUUAUUUAAUAAUUUCCCUGAACAUGAUUUGGGUCAAAAAACUCCUCCAUCUUCACCAAUGGAAUCUCAUGACAGCAACAGAAAUGCUGUUGAUUUAUUUUUAUCACCAGUCCAUCCAUCCUCCUCAUCUUUCAACACCCCUUCAUCUUCUUUGUCAUCCAUCCACGCAUCCCCUGUGAGAAAAAGUGCAAAUAUUGAUCCAGGGCUCUGCGAGGAAAUAGGCAGCAAUCUUCCAUCUCAGUUUAAAUCUCGGUCCUUAAUACAUUUUCUCAAAAGAGUUUUAAGAUUAGGCUUUUCCCGGCUUUCAAAGCUUUGUACAGAUUUAGAAAUCUCAAGAGAAUUGCAACAUAAAAUUUGGACAUGUUUUGAACACUGUGUUACAAAGAUGCCAAACUUGAUGAAAAACAGACACAUAGAUCAGAUAAUCAUGUGCUGUAUCUACAGUAUUUGUAAAGUUUGUGACAACGAAGUCAAGAGAAACUCAGAAACUGAAAUUAAGUUUAAGUCUAUCGUCAACAAGUAUAAAAAUUUAGCGCACGCUAAGCAGGAGAUUUUUAAAAACGUUUACAUUGAUGACAGUAAAAGUGAUUCUGUAAUUGCUUUCUAUAACACCGUCUUCACAGUCAACAUGAAGGAAUACAUACUCAACUUUUAUCCAAACAGAAAUGUGAGGCAGCAACUUUCACCUAUGCCAAAGCAAUCUCCAAGUUAUUGUCUGAAUGGUAGAAAAAAUUUCCUAAUCUCACCAUUAAAAGAAUCGUUCAAGACUCCAAGUUCUCCUGGCCAGAUGACACCAUCUACUAGACUGUUGUAUUGUUUUGGUGAUACAGUGGGGUCAUCUGAAAAAUUAAAAGGUAUUAAUGAAACAGUGAAAAAGUUUGUACCAACAGGAGCUAAGAAAAGGCUCAAUAUGGAUGACCUAGAGAUGACAUCCCCCCCAAAAGCAAAGAAAUCACUAUUAUAGUACUAUGUCUGUACUUAGAGCAAUGUUAACAUAUUUGAUUUAUUUCAUGCCAUUGUACUUCUUUUGGAUGUACUUUAAAGUAUGUAAAUCAUAUUAGGCAUGACUGACAAUAACAGUUUUAUUCUAUGUUACAACUUGCUGAUUGUAUUCAGCUUAACCAUUAUGCAAAAUGAGAAGAAAGACAAACGAAUCAAACCUGGUGUGGCAGCAGACCUGGUGUAUGAAAGUGCCUACAUUUUUGUUUUACAUGUCAAUUUUUGUUCAUGAAUUGCAGCACUUGCUUUUAAUUUCAUUGAUUGUAGAGUACUUCAUCUUUUUUUGUUUAGGCAAUUUUUUGAACCUAUGCUUAUGUCAAUUCACUUUGGUGAAAUUUUGAACAUGCAUUUUUCCCAUUUUUGGAUCAAGUUGAAACUUUGCAGAAUUAUUCAUUGUUCCUAACAAAACACAAAUCAGUCAAAAAUUAACUUAUUUAAUUAAAAAGUGAUGAUAACCGGUAAUUAAUUUUGUUUAAUACUGAAAAAUAAAAAUAAAUAACAGCUAUGAGAGAUAUGGCUGUAAAUUUUUAGUUCUUCCACUUAGAUAAUUUUUUUUUAUAUUUUGCUUGUUUUAUUUAAUUGUUUUAAUUACUUAAAAAAAAAAAUUGUAUUAUGACUUUCUCUUUUUUUGAACAUUGUCAGUAUAAAACAAAUUGUGUACAUAUUAUUCUGUACAUGUCUUUCAGAACUAAAACUCUUAUUUGUAUGGUUUUAAAAUUUUUACAAUGCAUAUUUUAAUAAAAAUGUAAAUUAAGAUAAACAACAAUUUUUUAACAAAAGUUUUAAAAUGUAAACAAUAAUGUAAAAUAUUUCUAAAUCAUUUACAAAAGGAAAAAAAAAGAACUUUUUCAAUUUUUUUGUAAUUGACUACUAAUAAAAAAAAAUCAGGGAUUUUAAAUGACUGCAGUAAAAUAGAAAAAAUAAAAGUGUAGUUAUUUUUUUAGCUAUAUAGUAAGUGCAUACUGUCCUAUCUCAAUUUCAAAAUACUUGUACAAAUUUUGCAUUUCUUUAGUACUUCAGUUUGUUUUAUAUAACAAGUUUUUUUUCUUUCUUCGAUUAAUGAGCAUUUGUAAAUAUCUGUUUUCUUUCUCAAGGAGCUAAUUUAUAAAAUAAUGUUUGUUAAAAUAUUUUUGAAAACCUCACCUCUUCUACAAAUCAUUUUUCUGUGUAAAUAUGGAACAAAAUGUUAAAAACUUGUACAAUUAAAAUGGCAGCAGUUUUGCAGAUAAGUUUUAAAAUGAAAAUUUGACUUGAGAUAUUGAUAUAUUGUAUUCAUUUUUACAUUAAAAAAAAAACAUUGAAAAUCAGUAAUUUUAAUUAGGAAAUGAAUUUUAUAAAUUUUAAUGUUCUGCAAAAAUAUUUUUUUUUAUCUUUUCAAUCGUGUCUUCACUUUUAGUUAACUUGUUUGGAUUAAAACAGACAACUUGUAAGAUUGUUGCUCAUUCAUUUAAACAUGAAUCUUUUUUAUGUUAAGUAAAUACAGGUAUAAAUUUUGUUUUUAAUUAAACUUUUGUUUUGAAUCAUAGUCUUGGAAAUGAUAAGCAUUACACUAUUGAGUUGUGAUUUACUUAAGCGCCAGUAUCAGACUGACAUGUAUCUGUUUUUUUGUUUUAUAACUUGGUAUUUUAGACAUUAUUUUGAAUAUUGUCUUGAAUGUAUUUAGUAGUAGAAGGAAAAAGUGGCGCAAGUACAAAUUCUUCCCCUUGCUAAUCAGAUUAAUUCAUUCAACUUUACUUGUAUACAAAAUUAACGUAUAAUCCAGUUCAGGUUAGCCUUGCAAGAAACUUAACACAAUUUCUAUUAUUUUCUGAACUUUUAUUGUCCGUCCAAUGUUUUAUUGUUAUGGUCACUUUUUGGAUGUGGUGUGGUCACUUAGAACCUUUUAUAGUAUCACGGCUAAUACAUUUUUACUUAGCAAUGAUUCUGUUGAAGGGGUAGUGAUAGUAAAUAAAAUAAAUUAUUAUUGUCACGUUUUUAACCUUUGUUCCAUAAUUAAAUAACUUCAUGCUUCUGUUUCAAAUAAUUGUCAAUCAUUUAUUAGGGCUACUUAAUACAUUAACAACCUUAAGCAUUAGAUCUUUCAUUACUUCUGUCUCUCUGAGAUGUUUUUUUUUAGUUGUAAUCCAAUAUUGCAGCGAUGCCUCAAAUACGGCCAGUGGGCCCAGAUCUGGCCCUCUGUAAGGUACAAUCUUGCAUUUCAGAACCUCUUUUCGCAGUACAUAGUGAAGCCUUUAGAGAAUUGGUUCCAUGUGACUUGACGAUUUUGUUUGCAAUGAUAUGGCCCAUGAAACACGUAUAGAAAAUGUAUACGCCUUCCGCCCCCCUCCUCCACUUUCCCAGGCUAAAUAAAAGGUUUGGGGCAUCACUGCAAUUUUGUCAUUGAAUGUAAUGUGCCAUACAAGCUUUCAAAUUUAAAGUACAGAUAAAUUUGGAAAUAGAAAAUUUUACUUUUUUAAAAAUUAGUUGUAUUAGUUUUUCAAAAAUGUGUGACUUAAAUAAGCAAUAAUCACAAUGGAAUUUUAUUUUAGUUAACUUAUCCUCUGCCUGUUGUCCUGUCUGGACCUUAGGCCAUUAACCACCUUCCUCCAGUCAUUUUGGUUUUGAGCAAGUCUCUUCAACUGUCCAUACGUCUUGCCCAUAUGCUUUAGAAUCUCGACCCUUUGUAUUUCUGGGCUGUCCCUCUUUGUUGGGGUUUACCAGGUGAGGGCAUGUCUUGUGAAGUUUGCGAAGACUUUGCGAAGGGUGUGGCCUAUUCAUUGCCUUCUCUAAAGAAUAUCUUCUUCAAUGGGCUGCUGCUUUAUUCAUUGCCACAGUUCCUUAUUAGUGAUCUUGUCUGGCCAGCAGAUCAUAAGAAUAUGGUAUUGAUGAAUAACUUUUUUUUUUUCUUGGUCGUGAUGGUGGUUCUCCAGGUCUCUACUCCAAUACUAACUGUGCAGAGACUUUACAAAUAUAGGUAUCUUCUAUGAAAAGAUUGCUAAAAUAAUACUCCAAUAGCAUGUAAUACUUAGUUUGUUUAAUGUUGCGUAAUACUUAGUUUGUUUAAUGUUGCGAUGUAAGAAAAAUUACUAGCUAUACAGGUUGUUAAAACAAAAUAUUGUGCAUAAAAUAUUUCCAUUUUAAAUUAUUUAUACAUUUUUUCGUAAGAUUUCAACAAAAUUUAAUGAAAUCAAUAAAAAUGUAUGUGAUGCAA